AUGGCCAACCUUUCAUGCUUCUUAACCUUACUUUUCUCCCUUCUGUUCAUCGUCAAAAACACAUCCUCAGCCAGAAAUCUUGAAAACCCAUCAUCAAAUCAUCACCAUCACCAUGAUCAUCACCACAAGAUUUCAUUUUCCAUGCCAGAUUUACUCAACAUUUCCCACCCUACAACUUCAACACUCAACACUCACAUCCCAUUUUCAAAGCCUAUAGGCUUUUUCCCACCUCAUAAAGGCAUCCCUAUCCAAGAACCCGUCCCUAAAAUCCCCGGCUCGGACUCGUCGGUUCAAACCCUCAGUGGUUCAAACCUCGGGAUGUUCUUCCCAGCAAGGGCUACUCUCCAAGAGCUGGAGUUUGGUGCAGUGGUCACCAUCGAUGCGAACCUGUUUGAUGGUGGUAUUGGUACCAAUGGUUCACCACUUGGGAAAGCACUAGGGGUGUAUGUUGCGAGUUCGGAAGGCGAAACGAGUCACAUGAUGGCAAUGACGACGGUUUUUGCUGACGGUGGGUUUAAGGACGGGUUGAGGUUUUUCGGGUUGCACCGGAGGGAUGUGUCGGAGUCUCAUAUUGCUGUGAUUGGUGGCAUGGGAAAGUAUGUUGGUGCUAAUGGUUAUGCAACAGUUAAAGGUGUGGAAUUAAGGCCUAAUUCUGCAAUGGCAAUGAAACAAGGGGUUAACAAGUUGCUAUUGUUCAAUGUUUAUCUUAGUUAA